CGAGAAUACGAACGAUUAGGACGAAUUAAUGAUCCGUUCAAGACAUUGUCGUGGGAAGAUUCGGUCCCAGGACAUCAUGAAGCAACGAGUCCUACUCGCCUUUGCCAAUGUUAUCACUUCUUUCGCUUCAUUUCUUGUAACGACGAGUGCAAAAACAUCAAUGAGACAAAGAACGCAAAGUAACAAUCAUAGCAACAUCAGUGAAUUACUCGACAAUCUUCUUCGUGGUUACGACAACAGCGUGAGACCAGAUUUUGGUGGACCACCAGCAACGGUAGAAGUUGACAUUAUGGUCCGUAGCAUGGGUCCAAUCUCUGAAGUCGAUAUGACGUACUCGAUGGAUUGUUACUUUCGACAGUCUUGGGUAGAUAGACGUUUAGCAUUUCAAGGUGGCAAGGAAACACUCGCUCUCAGCAUAUCGAUGCUGGCUAAAAUUUGGAAACCUGACACGUAUUUUUAUAAUGGCAAACAGAGCUACCUACACACCAUCACUAGUCCAAACAAAUUCGUCAGACUUUAUAAAGACGGAAGGGUGCUUUAUAGUUCGCGACUCACGAUCAAAGCUGGAUGUCCGAUGAACCUCGAAGAUUUUCCCAUGGAUACCCAAAGAUGUCCAUUAAAAUUUGGCAGUUUUGGAUACACAACUCGUGAUGUCAUCUACAAAUGGAACAGCGAUAGACAAGUUGCCAUAGCGGAAGACAUGAAGCUAUCCCAAUUCGAUUUAGUCGCAAAUCCUACUGCGAAUCACUCAACAACUCCGUCUCUGUCUCAUGCAGAAUACUCAAUGCUAUUGGUAUAUUUUCACCUGCAAAGACACAUGGGUAACUUUUUAAUACAAGUUUAUGGGCCUUGCAUACUUCUGGUAGUACUAUCUUGGGUCUCAUUUUGGUUGAACAGAGAAGCUACUGCUGAUCGAGUAUCCCUUGGUAUUACAACUGUCCUGACAAUGACCUUUUUAGGAUUAGAAGCUAGAACAGAUUUACCUAAAGUACCCUAUCCUACUGCCUUGGACUUUUUCGUCUUUCUUUCAUUCGCCUUCAUCUUUGCCACGAUCAUUCAAUUCGCUGUAGUACACUACUUCACUAAAUAUGGUUCGGGCGAGUGUUAUUUCAGCUCUGAUUUAAGCGACACCGAAAGCAGUUCCAGCGAAAACGAGGAAAUCUCGCGGUCACCGUCCAAACACGGAACGAAUCGUCGUCAAAAAAAUUCGGGUAAUUCGAUUCCUGGAAGUAGUAGAAAUUUCACAGUUAACGAUGAUGGUUUUAUCGAGGUAAUACCAUUAUCUGUAAUUCCUGAUCGAGAACGAACUAUCAGCCAUUGGCAGUUACCAUGUGUUUCUUGUUCUCCAUCGGUGAGCCAUCAUCGUCGAGGGAAUCCUCAUCAUCAAACGGUUCCAACUCCGACGCCAAUACCGAUACCACAGACUCAAUCUCAGUCUCAACCAAAACCUCAACAACCUCAAUCUCAAUCUCAGGCUCAACCUGGGCAAGCGGCCCAGUCACAGCCUAGAAAAUCUUCCUCCCCUGAAAGGGUCGAUUCGCCUAGUAAAAAAAUUCCACCAAGAAGAAGACGUAGACGUACGCCAAGAUAUAAUUCGGUUUCGAAAAUCGAUCGUGCCAGUCGCGUCGUAUUUCCAUUAUUUUUUCUAGCAAUAAAUCUAUUCUAUUGGUACGCUUAUCUUUCUAGAAGCGAACGUAUCAAUUAUUAUAAUUCAAAUCCCAAUGGGGCGUGAUAAGACGAGAAGGAGCGUUCGUUCGCUCCAAUUUUUCUCAAUCGUUACCGAUCUCGCGAGAUAUGUAAAACAGGAGAAUCGAAUAGUAGAAUCUCUCUUGAUAAUACGAUUAACAUAAGUUUUAGAAUCAUAAAUGGUUUACCGAAAAGUGUUCCUCUAAUAAUAAUAUAUGUAUAUAUAUAUAUACAUAUGUAAAUACGUAUAACCCAUUAAUGUGAAUUAUUAAUAAUUUUAGUCGCAUCGUUCUCCUUUUUUCGUUUAAUACGAGAGCUAAUCGGAACACCCGAACUUUUUGACCUCGAUAUCGUCUAAUCGUUGUCGAGUAUUCCGUUAAAAAAUAAGUGCUUGUAUAUACAUAUAUAUGCUUUUCUGAACUUGACCUCAAACUUAAGAGUCUUUAACAUCUAAGAAAUAUGAAUGUGAUUCUAUCAGAACAAAAAGCUCGUAUAAGAUUUAUUUAUUAUAUUUAAAUUUUUUGAGAAUUAUAUCUAGUAAGCAAAAAUUGAUUCUAUAUUAUUAAGAACUUGUUGAAAAAUAAUUUUAAUAUUACAAAGCACAAAUAUAUAAU